AUGCGCCUCUGGUUAAACGGAUUACAACUGGCAUCUUUUGCCGCACUCUCAGCAUGUGCUGAAGCGAUCAAUGUGCAGGAUGCCACAGCGUUCGCACUUACGUACGGCUACCCGCUCGUGGUAUUCGAAGGCCACGUUCAAGAUUUCAACACCACCGGUCCAAAUAAAUUCAAGCACGUCCAGAUUACGUGCACCCCUACUCUCUGCCCAAAUACGAUCCGACCAGAUAUAGACACUCUCUACUCACAAAUGGUCUGGGACUUGAGCAGCAACGACGUUGCCGUUGGCCUACCGAGGGGAAUUCCGCAAGAUCAAUUUGUCCUGUUCUCAUUUUUCGACCCCUAUGGAGACAACUUCGCAAACUUCGGAAGCGAACAUAUCCGCACGCCUGGCGAGUAUUUUCUUCGACGCAGUGUUCGUGGACCCUUUGAUGUGACCAAGUGUGUGGCACAGAAACAAUACCAAGCCUGCAUCAACGCACCGUCGACGUAUGGAUAUCUCAUUGCUCGCUGGCUGGUCAGCGACACAAAUAUCGAACAAAUCCGCGAAUGUGCCGAGAACGUGGCGUUGGAUGUCCUAAAUCUCUUGGCCAAGUUCGCCCAAUUUACUACGCCCACGAACACCUCCGACACGAUGCGUGUUGAUCAGACUCUGGAUGCUGCUGGAACUAGGAGGGGCCAGUUCGUUCAGCGACCGGGAGUUGAUAUACACAAGGCCAACGAAGCGGCACAGGCGGCAGCAGCAGCAGCAGCAGCAGCAGGAUCAUCACCCGCCUCGAACGAGAAAUUGUCGAACGGUUGA